GAGUCUUCUUUAUCUGACACACUUGUUCAGAAAAGAAAGAAAACUGUAGUCCUUUACUUUGCCUUUCAUUUCAUUGUCAUACACACACUCACUGACACUCACCUCUUCUCUUCACCCAUCCAUAUGUCUACAUGGAUUUCCCAAACGACAUCGUUCAACCCCCACCCCCACCACCACCUCCAACUCGCCGCCGUCGCCGCCGCAACCGUCGUCCUCCCACCCGCCGCAACCGCCGUCCUCCCCACUCCACCACCACCACCGACGGCGACGGCAGCUUCGGCUUAUCCGACUCCGACGCGCCGUCAUCGUCAUCGGCGCGUAUGGACUCCGAAUGCGGUUCUUCUGGAAUCUUCUCGUAUAAUCCUAGCCGAAUUGAGUCUUCUUCGGAUGAGAUUGAUCUGGAGAGUGGUGAGUUGGAGAUGAAGGUGCAUUGUUUAGUAAAAAAUGAGAAGCUGUGUCGGAUUUGUCACCUGAAUUUUGAGAUUUGCGGUGGUGAUACGGCGGAAGACGACGGUGGUGGUGGUGGUGAGAUUGAGUUGGGGUGUAAGUGUAAGGGGGAUCUUGGUGCUGCUCAUAAACAAUGUGCGGAAACUUGGUUUAAAAUCAAGGGGAAUAUGACUUGUGAGAUAUGUGGCGCAAUAGCACAAAAUGUAGGCGGGGAGCAGAACAAUGAGACAAGCCACACCACGGCUGAAACCGAGCCAACAGCUGCAGGGCCCAUGGUAGUCCCUACGGAGCCAGCACGUACUUUCUGGCGAGGUCGCAGAAUCAUGAAUAUCUUGUUGGGUUGCAUGGUUUUUGCGUUCAUUAUUUCUUGGCUCUUUCACUUCAAUGUAUUGCCUUAAUUUGGGUAGAAAGGGAAAGUUGUUGAGAAGCUAUAGAUGUAUGGAUUGGAUGUUGGAUCACAGAAGUGUAUAUAUUUACUAGGUUA